AUGCGCAGCACUCAGUUUAUUGCCUUCCUUCAACUUGCCUUUGCCGGCAACAUGUUAGCCAGCGCCACAAUCCCACUCGUCUCAACGGAAUUCGGUACUGUAUUCGACGCACCCAUGAAAAUCGGAAAUCAAAGCUUCCAAAUGCUAGUCGACACCGGAAGCAGUGACACGUAUGUCAUGGAGAAUGGAUAUACCUGCAUCAACGCAACUACCAACGGUCAACUUCCCCAAGAAGACUGCCUGUAUGCAAACAAGACCUACCGGUCUUCCCGCACACAACGUCGAAUUGCAAACGAAAACUUCGGCAUUGAAUAUGGUGCUGGAAUUGCUAGUGGUUUCAUGGCUUAUGAGCAAGUUUCUCUAGGCAACCUCACUGUCAAGAAGCAAAAAGUUGGAAUCGCGAAUCGGUCCAACCCUACGGGAGAUGGUGUGAACAGUGGUCUGUUAGGCCUUGCUUAUCCCUCAAUCACAUCGGCGCAUCCAGGAAACCAAACCGACAACACGACAUACUGGUAUAAUCGUCUGCCUUAUGACCCACUGGUCAACACAAUGCACAAGCAAGGCCUGAUCGAGCCAUACUUCAGCCUUGCAUUAGCGCGAUCUCCUCGCAAUCAAUCGACUGCCUUCGGAGGAUACCUAACUCUUGGAGGCCUCCCUCCGGUUAGCUACAUUCCCGAGUUCUCCGUUAUGCCAGUGGAGAUCAUGGACCUUCCAUCCAACUUCACUUCCGGCAAGGGUGUACGCUCGUAUUGGGCAACCACUGUAAAGGGGGCCACCUUUGGUGUCGAAUCGAAUAAUAUCACCACGGUCGCACUUGACUCUCAGGCUUUUGUCGACUCUGGAAACUAUAUCACAUAUCUGCCAGCCUCCAUUGUGGACAAGGUUAACGGCCUCUUCUCGCCACCAGCCGUGUUUAACGAGGAGCUACAAGCUGCACUCGUCGACUGUGCUGCCGAACCUCCAAAGUUUGGGCUGACGAUUGGGAAUCAAACUUUCUUCCAUAAUGGUUCUGACCUCUUGUUUCAAAUUUCUGACGGAGUUUGCGUAAGCAGUCUCGUUGCAUCAGAGAAAAUUCCUCUUGAUAUAUCAGUCAAUGUCCUCGGUGUUUCUUUCUUGAAAAACGUGCUCACCGUUUUUGACUUCGGGCGCAAUGAGAUGCGAUUUUCGAAACUGCUGGACGUUGGAAGGAAUCAAACACGACUGACUAGUAAUGGAACUCAGUCUCCUGGAAUCUCGAGUGGUGUACGGAGAAGUUUGAUUCCAUCAUGGGGUUUCGUGACUGUGUUGAUUUCUUUGGGUCUGACUUUGGUUCUCGGACUUUGA